UUCAUGUCGCAACAGAACAUGCCAUUGAGUCGGAGUUUUUCCGUCCGGUGGGGGCAUCGAGGUAGCCGCUUGUUCUUUCGGUCUCGGGCGGGGCAGACAAGUGCUCAUCGCGCAGCGGAAAAUAUUUCGAGCAAGCAGCCUCGAGUAUUUGCCAGAGGAACGAAACCGUGGACAUACAUGGCAACGCCACCGGCCCCAUGGCUGCCGCACCGGCAGGGAGGCCUUCGACGCCUUCGCCAUUACCAGGUCCAGCAGUCUCGAUGGCAUUCACAUCUACGGCGGUCUUCAGCACUCAAGCGGACCGCGGUCGAGGCAAAUCUAGAGGACAAUGGGGAAGCAGGUCAGCGCACGAGAGCACCGACCCUAGCGGUACGUGCGACCGGUGCCGCCGUAAGAACCACCACCAGCGCGCUCCUCUUCUCCGCUCUUCGCAUGGUGCUGGAGGAUCGUGUCGGGGGUCGGGGGUGGCUGGGGUCGGUUCGAGAGCUGCAGAGCGUGUGCUUCGAUGCCUGCAAGGAGUGCCGCAAGGUCGUGCCUGUACGUCUCCGUGUGUCGGACUCGACCCCAGGCCACCUCUGGAGGAAGGAAACAACGGCAGACAAGGCAAUGGCAGAAACAACGGCUGAGGCGGUGGCCGAGCUAGAACCUGGCGGCAGCAGCGGCGGCGGCGGCGGCGGCGGCGGCGGCGGCGGCGGUGGUGGUAAGAGGAGCGUCAUUGAAAGCUAUGGUAGCGGUAGCAGCGGCAGCAACUGCUACGGUAGCGAUAGCAGCGGUGACGGUGGUUUCGACCUCGACGGCGCCCCGGGCAGCGAAGUUGACGGCGAGGACGCCGACGCUAGCGAUGUGGAUGGUAGCGAAUGCAGCUGGAGUCUCCCCUCCUUGUGGGAAAGGGAGGCAGCGAUAGAGACCAGGACAGACACGAUCCCUUCCCCGUACUCUCCACCGGACAGAGACGUCCCACCUCUCAGGAUCGCGGGCAUGGUGUGGGAGCGCAGCGCGCUGGCAAAGGCUUCCUUUGGCCGUCCCGAGCUGCCGGAGGCGGCCUUCGGGAUGGCGGCGAUCGAGCCCUUGCACGGGGCGGCCUGCACGACUACGCUGAAGCGGAUCACCCUCAGCUCGAAGAACUCCCACCUUCCCACGACGGUGAUGCUUGAUGCGAAAGACGGCGAAAUAAACUGGCCGCCUUCUCUCAAAGAGCUGACCUUCGGCGAGCGUUUCAACGCCCCCAUCAACCAGGUCGCUUGGCCGGACUCGCUCCAGCAACUCUCGUUCGGGAGGUCCUUCAACCAACCCAUCGCCGGAGUGUCGUUGCCGCCUUCGCUCCAGCAGCUCAAGUUCGGGCUCGCCUUCGACCAACCGAUCGACGGGGUCGGGUGGCCCCCCCGCCUCAGGCGACUCACCUUCGGCGCGCGGUUCAACCGCCACCUGGUCAGCCUGCCGUCCACGCUAGAGCAGCUCACGUUCGGGUUCUUCUUCGACAACCGCUCGGUGUCGGGGGCGGUCUGGCCCUCCACGCUGAGGGUCCUGACGUUCGGCCACGACUUCGACACCGACAUCAUCGGCGUGACGUUUCCGGCGUCGCUGCAGUGCCUCACGUUCGGCUUCUGCUUCAACCGCCCCGUCAGCCGCGACGGCGCGGGGGUAGCGUUCCCGGCGUCCCUGCAGCAGCUGUCGUUCGGGGCCUGCUUCAACCAGCCGGUGGACGACGUCGUGUGGCCGGCGUCCCUGCGGCGGCUGGCGUUCGGGUUCGCCUUCAGGCAGAGCGUGGAUGGGUGGGCUUGGCCGGCGGGCCUCACCAACCUUUCGGUCAGUCGUUGGUGCUCGCUCUCCAGGAUCGAUGUGCCGACCGGGGUGCAGCUCGAGCUCACCUGACAACGGGAGGAAGGAAGACGAUGACUCUCUUGAAUUCGUUCGUUCUUUCGUCCGUAUCGUAUGUCGUAUGAGUUGUGUUGUGAAAUUUCUUUCAUCUGGUAUGCAUACUACCUGGGUUUCUGCAGUGAAUGUCUCGUAGAGGGAGAUUUCGUAUUUGUUUUGGCGGUUAUUUGUUGUUGUGGUAGUUGGUAGAUCACUCUGCCUGUUGUU